AUGUCGUUCGACCCAUUCGAGACCCGAAUUCGAUUCCUGCAAAUACUCAAAUCCCUCAACGCAUCCCAGCAAUCCAUACAUAAGGGCACGGCGUUCGCUAUCAAGUACGGCUCGCGUUGUGGGGAAGAUCUUUGGGAGUGUAUAAUCGAGCAGACUGGAAAGGGCACGCUGAACACGCGCAUCAACGUAUUCUAUUUCCUCGACUCUCUCCUGGCAGAAUCCAUCGCCCUAGGUCCCUCAGAAACGCCCUACCAAGAGCUCGUCACCAAAAACCUCCAACAGCUCAUCGACAAUGUCGUCCCCGAUACCACCAGCGGUAUACUCAACUUGAAGAGUACGAAGCAGAUUCUGGAGAGCUGGCGGUUGAGGAGGGUGAUUGAGCCUGGAGUGGUGGAAGGGGUUUUGGAGGUUAUGGAGGGGAGGAAGUACGAGGCUGUACCGAAUAACAAGCGCAAUCACGAGCAUGCCUUCUCCCGGAACGAGAUCGUCCGCCGUAUGGAAGAAGACCGAGAACGCCACAAACGACUAAGAGAACGUAUAUGGAUCCUCCCCAUCCCAUCCCUCGUCCCACCAAGAGCAUCCAUCCCCCAAACAUCCCCCGCGACACCCGCUUCCCCACACCCUUCUUCGUCCGUUAUGCCGCCGCCUCCGAUACCGCCAGCUGGGGAUGGGGAGAAUGGUGAUGGUCGUCCAGGCGGAGGUGGAGGAGCAGGGGUGGAGAGUGCGAUGGAUGUGGAGUUUGAGCAGGUCUGGGAUAGGGCGGGGGAGCUGGAUGAAGAUGAUUUGGAGACGAUGCGAGAGUGA